UAAUAAACAGAAUACUUGUUAUUAUUCAUUCUUUGCUCUUUUAUGUCUUUCUUUUCAACUACGUUCUGUUUCCUAUUCCAAUCCACGGAUUGAGAAAGAUCCAGAGAAAAAGAUGCAAAGAUAGCAAUCCUGGCUAGUUUCAUUUAUAACAUGUGCUGUGUUCUCUGUGGUUUACAUAUUAUGUGGUGCCUGUAAACUUUGCAAGACUUGAGAGCUUGGUGUUCUUUAUGGUUGUUGCUUAUAAACCCCAAAAAGCAGGGACCAAAUCCCUCCUCCUGUUUUCUCUUUUUUCCCAACAUUCAAAACCUGUUUCGGUGAAGCAAACCAAGCAAGCCCAUGCUCGUAUCAUCGUCUCCGGCCUCACCGCCAACACCCAACUCAUGGCUCACCUCCUCUGCUCCCUUGCUCUCUCCUCAUCAACCCCAUUUCACUAUUCUCUCUCUCUUUACCACUCCAUCACACGCCCCACUGUUUUCGCCUCCAAUAACAUGAUCCGCUGCUUCUCCAAAAGCCACUCACCCCGACACUCCCUGCUUCUCUACUCUUCAAUGCUGCGAAGAAGCUGCUAUUCCCAACCCAACAACCACACUUUCACUUUCUUGUUGCAAGCUUGCAGCGAGGCCUCCGCGCUCUGCGAAGGAGCUCAGGUCCAUGCUCAAGCACUCAAACAUGGUUCCGCUGACUUCGUGUUUGUCAGGAAUGCUUUGAUUCAUUUCUAUUGUUCUUGUUCUAGUACUGAAUGCUCCAAGAGGGUGUUCGACGACAAUGCGCGCUCCCGAGAUAUAGUUACUUGGAACUCAAUGCUCGCUGCUUUUGUCAGAGGCGGACAGAUUGAUAAUGCACGCAAGGUGUUUGAUGAAAUGCCCCAGAGAGAUGUGAUCUCAUGGAGCACUGUAAUCUCCGGUUACGUGCAAAACGGGCGGUUAGAGGAAGGUUUGGAGUGCUUUAAAGAGAUGAGAGACAAGGGGAUGAGGUUGAAUGAGGCCACGUCAGUCUCGGUGCUUUCGGCAUCCGCCCAGAUGGGUUUGCUAGAACACGGUAGGUUAGUUCACUCGCUUGUAGAGUCGUUGAAACUCCCGCUGACUGUUUCGCUUGGCACAGCACUAAUCGACAUGUAUGCCAAAUGUGGAUGCAUUGAACAGUCUAAACACUUGUUUGACAAUAUGCCCCUGAGAGAUAUAUGGACAUGGAAUGUUAUGAUCUGUGGAUUGGCCUCUCACGGCCUUGCAAAAGAGGCGCUCGAACACUUUGAGAGGUUAACUAACGACGGUCUCUGUCCCGCCAAUGUGACGUUCAUUGGUGUCUUGGGUGCCUGCAGUAGGGCAGGUUUGGUUAGUGAAGGACGACAUUAUUUUAAAUUAAUGACCGACAAGUACGGCAUUCAGCCAGAGAUGGAGCAUUAUGGGUGCAUGGUUGAUCUCUUAGGCCGUGCAGGCUUUGUAGAUGAAGCUGCUGAGAUGAUUGACAAGAUGACAGUUCCACCAGAUCCUGUAUUAUGGGCAACACUACUUGGUGCUUGCAAGAUGCAUGGCUCAAUAGAAUUGGGAGAAAAAAUUGGGAACAAGUUGAUUCAAUUGGAUCCAACCCAUGAUGGGCAUUAUGUACAACUAGCCAGUAUAUAUGCAAAAGCAAAGAAAUGGGAAGAUGUUGUUAGAGUUAGGAGAUUGAUGGUUGCGAAAAACACCAAUAAAGCUGCAGGCUGGAGUUUGAUUGAAGCGCAAGGUAAAGUUCAUAAAUUUGUUGCAGGGGAUAGAGAGCAUGAACGUUCUCAUGAGAUUUAUAAAAUGCUAGAGACAAUUGAAACACGAAUAGCAGAAGCUGGCUACUCGCCAAAUGUUUCAUCGGUGUUGCAUGAUAUAGGGGAGGAAGAAAAGGAGAAUGCAAUAAAGGAGCAUAGUGAGCGGCUUGCAAUGGCAUUUGGCUUGUUGGUAACAGGGGAUGGGGAUUGCAUUCGGAUUGUGAAGAAUUUGAGAGUUUGUGAGGACUGCCAUGAGGUAAGCAAGAUAAUAUCAAAGGUGUUUGGGAGAGAAAUUAUAGUGAGAGAUGGAAGCAGAUUUCAUCAUUUCAAGGAGGGCAAGUGUUCUUGCCAUGAUUAUUGGUAGAUUAGCCUUUGAUAUUCUUA